GUGCUGCUCAGUCAAUUCGUGCGUCCUUGGAAAUCCCCCUACUGGCGGUUUGAUUUGUAUUCCCAUCCAGCAGGCAGGCAGAAAGUCAGAGUCACGAAACACUGAUGAGAGAGGAGCGGACAGACUGGCUGAAGCAGAGGCAGGGGAGGAGUCCUGAUGUCCUUAAAGCUGCGCGCCGAGCAGAAGCGGAGCCUCGGAUAGCGCGCCUGUCUCCGGGAUGACGGUCAGAGCCGCUGGAAUAACCUCAAAGACACGGAGCCGUCUUCGCUGGGAGGACCCAUUAUUUUAUUUUUAUUUUUUGCCCCCUGGGUGUUUGUGGAAAUUUUGGGGCAUAAAGUUCGCCGCCAUGGAAUGAGUUGAGUGGUUUACUCCGUCGAGAGGGAUUCAAGAACGGCGGGAGAAUGAAGAGUCCCGCCAGGAUCUAAGGGGGAGGAAUUCAGGUGCGGGGGUUGGGGGGGCGACUCCCUGAAGGGACCAGCUGUUGGGCUGCGUACCAAUGAAGGCAUCACUUCUGUGGGUUUUGGUGCUUCUGAUUGGAUGUCGCCUCCGUUCAACCCUCCAAAGAUCACAACCUGAAUGAAGACCAUUUGUUUUUUCUCUGACAGGAAAAUGUUUUCAGUCAUGUGGAUCCUGCGGAGCGCUGUGGGGGUUUUAAGUGGAUGUUUGCUACAGAAAAAAGGAGGAAAACACAGAUUUUGUCUUUGAUUCUUUAGAAAUAGUCCAACUGAAACGAUUAAUUGUUUUAAUCAUGAUUAACUGAGCAACUCAUGUAGUAAUUGAUUAAUCGUUAACUGGAGUAUACAGUACAGAAAAAGGCUAUUUGCUGAAAAAGCAUUUUCAGUAAUUAAGCCAAAACUGUACAAAAUAAAUACAUUUACAUUUAGAACAAAAACACCUUUGUAAAUAUGUUCUACCCAGAACUCCUCCAGUGGCUCAGUUCAGGCUUCACCUGGUUCAAAUUUUAUACAAAACAAAAUCUCCUGAGCUCUUUUGCUAUUCAAUUAAUAAUCAAUUAAUGCAAAAAAAAAAAAAAGAUUGCACAUCAUCAAGCUGUUUGCUGUUUUAGGCAAUAAAAUAUUUAUUUUCUUUUUUAAAAAGGAAGUGAAUUUGUUGAUUUGCACCUUUUAACGCAUUUCUAAUUUUGCAUAAAAAAGGCAUAAAAUCUUAAAAAUAUGCCAAUUUUUUUAUCUGAUUAAUCGUCCGAAUAAUCGAUGAUUAUCAUUAAUUGUAACCCUAUAAAAUAACAGAAUUUUGAGGAAAGCAACAUAAACCUCUACUGCUUUUAAGAAUUUGAUCAGCUGUUAACACAUUUAAAAGUAAAACAUGGAUUGUUUUUAGCUGUUACAUUAAUGUUCAUCACAGACAUUCAUCCUUAUUUUUAAUUUGAUACUUUGACUUAUAUCAGUCUUCAAACAUGUGAUGUUUGGUGUAUUUUUCAAUAUGUCUCAAUCUUUAUGAACUUGGAUAGUCUGUUCUCCCUUUCAUUGUUGUGAAGAAAAGUUUUGAAGAACAUUUUUAUUUCCUAAAAACAUUUUUUAUCUCCUUGGGCGGAGAAGUUACUACUCUUCUUGUCACCGCCAUGGUGAUGUCCCAGGGCACCUACACCUUCCUGGCCUGUUUCGCUGGAUUCUGGUUGGUCUGGGCCCUCAUCGUCAUGCUGUGCUGCUUCUGCAGCUUUUUACAGCGCCGGCUGAAGCGGCAUAGAGAGGGCAGACUCAGAGAACAAUGUUUGCGGGCCGUGGAGAGGGAGCCGCUUUCUGCUCAUGCUGCCAGAUACCCAUCGGCGCCGCCACCGGCGCAGCCGGAGCAGAGGGAGCCGCCAUCGCAGACCUACUCUGCCCAGACGCUGGCGGCGCCCGUCGCUCUGCUGGUUCCUCAUCCGAUGCCACAAGCCAACUGGAUCAGCAUGCCAGACACAGAUGUAUUUGGGAAGCCGCCUUGCUAUGAGGAAGCGGUCCUGAUGGAGGACCCCCCUCCACCCUACAGCGAGGUCUUGGCUGACCCUCGAGGGGGCACGUACCUGAAGCCCGGCCCACUCCGGGGAGCGCCGUUGCCUUCCAGGGAAAACCCCAACCUACCUCCAGUCGUCACAUCCGAGACCAGCAAGCUCCCUGUGGCCACCGUGUUCCCUGACAGGGGUUACUCCUCGCUGAUCCGCCUGCCUUCAUCCCAGCGCUGGGACUCGUUGGGUCAUCUCCUGUCCAACAUGGCCCUGAACCACAACAGCCUGACCCCACCGGGGGUGCGCUCGUUGCAGGCGGCCACCACGGCGACCAUGCCGCGCAGGGAGCCUAGGACUCAUUAUGAGAGUAUGCAAAGUGAAAUACAGGGACUUCAGGGGAGAAUGAGGGGAUUUCAGGGAGGGUUUCAAGAUAUUCAGGGGGUUCAUAGACUGAGAAGUCUGGAGCCUAGCUGCAGUAUGAAAACCGCCUUCCCUUUGCUGGGUCGCAGCACUGCGGUCUGAGCCUGGAUCCCUACUGGGAGCAUCAUAUCAGCCAGUUAGAGGAACUACAAAUGAACUCAGGAGUGCAUUUACUUAGUUUGCAGAGUUAAUGUAUGAGUACAGGAGAACACAAGUUUGUACAUAUAUGAUCAAUGGAAGCUGUGCUUCCAUUGAUCAUAUAUUUCUGAAAUUUGGAAAAUAAAUUUGCUUUAGGGAAAUGCACCAAUUUUGAAAAAAAAACUUGUUUUCGAUAAAAAGUUUUGCCAUUAGGAUGAAGUGGUUUUUUGGCCAUAUUGAAAUAGUUUUAUGUCACAAAACUGCAGUGGAAACCUUUUUUGGCAUCGCAUAAGUCACAAUCAACAACUAGAUGUUGCUACACGGUUUCCCCCAAGGUAUUAUAGGCCUGGCGGCCCGCCAUGCUUUACUAGCGCCACCACCAGGCUAAGCCUUUCUUGAUUUUUCUUCUUUUUUUUUUGUUUGUUUUGUUUUGUUUUAGGAGGGGGGGAAAUCGCUUUUUUUUUUUUUAGGCGGAUUGCGAACGUUUCUGUUAGUCACCGUUUCACUACCGGAGCAGAUUUAUUCCUAAAAGAUAUGGUUAUAGAAGAUGUGUUUAUGCAUUUAAAGCCGGCAGCGCGCUGACCAAUCACCUCACUCGCUGCCGUAGCUGGAUUAAGUUUAUCUCAGCGCGGAUCGCGCGCGCCUCCUUUCACUCGAAAUGGACACAGGCUGAACUGUAUGGAUAUUUACAUCAGCUCCCUGUGAGGAAUUGUGAUCAGUUAUGAGGAGUUAUUGAUUAAGGCAAGAGUUUAAACCCACCGCGUUAGCUCUGGUUGCGCAGCUCUACGUGAACCGCAGGAAUAACUUGUAGUCUCGCUUUCAGUGGUGCUUUGAGGAGCGGUGAGAAUGAUUUAUAUUUGUGAACAAAACAUUAUGCAGCGUUUACAUCUCAACACGCUGCCCAACGUUUGGCCCCGUCUUCCCUGUAAAGCUUAUGUAUGUGUUCGCGGUUGGUCGGUGCGUUAGUGGUUAACGACCCAGCGAUAACCUCAUCGUGCAGGUUUAACCCGGUGAGGAGCUUUCGCGCUCUCC